AUGUGGAGGUGGGUGUGCGGCGGCGGCGAGGCACCGAGCCCGCCUCGGCUAACCCGGCCCCGGCCCCGGCCCCGGGCAGGUGCUGACCUCCCCUCCGUACCCCGCUCCCUUCCCCUCCUGCCCCCUUCCCGGCGCCCGGGCAGCCCCCGCCGCUCCCGGCAGCGCUGCCCGCAGCGCGGCGGCUCCCGGACCGCCGGUCGGUGCCGGCCCCCGGGGCGCUCCGCCGGCGGAGUUGGGGUGGGGGGCGUCGGGGGCCUCUUGGAGAACGGGGAGGUGGCGGAGAAGAAAAAAGUUUGGCGGGGGGAUCCGCGGCUCGCCCCGCUGCCCGGCGCCGUGCCCGCCGGGCUCCCGCCGCACUUCGGCUCCGCCGCCGGUGCCCGGGCGCGGGGUGGCCGUGGCAGCGGCGCCGCUCGCCAUCGCCCAGCCAUGUGCGACAACUCACCCAACUUUAUCGUCCCCCCGUUCGCGGCGAGCCCCCCCCGGCCCGCCUCGCCGUCAGACGGGAUUCCCAGACCCCCUGGUCCCCCCGGCCGCGGCGGGCAGGGCACCCCCGCGCCCCGGCACCCAGCGACCGCCGCGGUCGCGCCGUGGAACGUCCCUCGGUCGCACCGCCGUGGCCCGGCGGCGGGGCCGCACCUGGGGCUGCGGGGGGACGGGGACCCCUCCGGCCUCCCGGGCCCCCAGCGCUCCCGGCCCCCGCUGCUGCCCGCGGGCUGCGCUGCAUCCCCCGGCGGGGCCGAGGUGUGCGCCGGGGGCAAGACAAACCCCGUGAGCCCUCAAGGCUGCGACCGCCACAAGCUCAUCUCGAGGGUGAAAAUCGCUGUGGGGCUCGGCCACAUCCCCGCCCCGCUUUGCUGCAGCCACAUCCUGCCGGGGGCGGGGGCUGCGGGGGACCCUCGGGUGGGCUCGGGCCCGGGGGGGCCGUGCCGUGUCGGAAAUCACGUGCCGCCGGGCCUUGGGGCUUUACGGGAAGCGAGGGUUGAGGCGAGGGGCAGCUCCCAUCCCCCCGGGACGGCUUGGCCGGGGUUCAGCCCGGAUCGGGCCCCGGAGCAGCUGCCCCGCGGCGGCGGCCGCUUCCCGGCAGCGCGGGGUGCGGGGGCACGGGGAGCCGCCGUGGCUCCCUCCCCCGAGCAGAUGGUCCCUCGGCAGCAAAGCUGCCCCUUCCGCAUCGAUUACCCGCGCCGGCCGUUUAACGAUCGCUUUCCGGGGUUAAUUAAACUCUUCUCGCCGAGGGCGGCUGUACCUGCCUGCAGCCCUGAUGCGCCCCCCAAAACGGGGGGGACGAGCCUGUGGCUGGAGCUGGGGUUUGCUUCCAAGCCCAACGUUAAUAUCCAUCCUGGAGUGCGCCGUGCCUGCUGCUCCCGGGGCUCCCGGGGCAAGCUGCCCACGCUCACCCCCAUAACGCUGAUGGUUUUGGGGUGCACACGGGCGUGGGUGGGCUGUCACACGGCGCAGCUGACCCCCAUGCAGCCGCCCUGCCGGGGGCUGGCCGUCCCCCCGGGCACGGCCCGCCGAGGGAUGCUCCCACCCACCCACGCAGCCCCCGAGCUCCCCGGGAGCAUCCCGGGGGCGCGGCCCCCCCUCGGCGGCAGCGCCGGCUGGGACGAGCCGCGCUAA